GCGUGAGAGAGUAGGCGUUCAUUUUAAUUCAGUUCAGUUGACACAAACAUCUGUGCAUAUACGUAUCCGAAAAAGUUGGGCAGAACAAUAUAAAACUUAAAUGAUCGAUUGUCAAACGAACCCAAACUCUCAAUUUGAAAAUAGCCGUGAUACACCGAUCGAGAAGAAAAAAGCCUACUUGGAAGCCCAAGGCAUUGGAGGAACCAAGUUUUAAGUGUGUUGUGAUCAAAUGAUCAUCAGGAAGUUGAAGAUGAACCGAAUGAAAAUCGAAUUACCACAGAAUGCAGCCGUAGCUAACAAUGAAUUUGGAAUGAAAAUGCCUUCCAUAGCUAAGUGCCUUAUUGCUAGAGAAAUCCUCCUAAUUCAAAAAUCAACCAGAACAACUGUUCGGCCUAUACAACAAAAUAUAAAUGAAAACUCUUUUCGUUCUUCGGAUAUCAACUGUCAUACUUUUGGUGCUGGUUAUUCAAAAAUCAUAUGCAGACAUUCCCGAAUGCGAUUAUUUCGACACUGUCGAUAUUUCGGCAGCUGAAAGGCUACAGAAUGGAUCGUACUUAUUUGAGGGGUUGCUCGUUCCGGCCAUUUUGACGGGAGAAUAUGACUUCAGGAUUCUCCCGGACGACUCCAAGCAGAAGGUGGCCAGUCACAUAAGAGGAUGUGUGUGCAAGCUGAAGCCCUGUGUCAGAUUUUGCUGCCCUCACGACCACAUUAUGGAUAAUGGUGUGUGCAACGACAACAUGUCCGAGGAGGAGCUGACUGAACUCGAUCCCUUCCUUAACGUGACUCUUGACGACGGGUCGGUGUCCCGCAAACACUUUAAAAACGAACUAAUCGUCCAGUGGGAUCUACCGAUGCCGUGUGACGGAAUGUUCUACCUGGACAACCGAGAAGAGCAGGAUCAGUACACGUUGUUCGAGAACGGAACUUUCUUUCGCCACUUUGACCGUGUGACCCUUAGCAAGAGGGAAUACUGCCUUCAGCAUCUUACCUUCGCAGAUGGUAAUGCAACGUCUAUUCGAAUUGCACCUCACAACUGCUUGAUAGUGCCAUCAAUUACCGGUCAGACGGUUGUGAUGAUCACUUCGCUGAUAUGCAUGGUUCUAACGAUCGCCGUUUACCUCUUCGUCAAGAAACUACAAAACUUGCAUGGAAAAUGCUUCAUCUGCUACAUGGUGUGUCUCUUUAUGGGAUAUCUUUUCCUAUUGUUCGAUUUGUGGCAGAUAUCCAUAAGCUUUUGCAAACCAGCAGGUGUUCUGGGCUACUUCUUUGUCAUGGCCGCAUUCCUUUGGCUUUCCGUCAUCAGUCUACAUCUCUGGAACACGUUCAGAGGCUCCUCCCACAAAGCGAAUCGAUUCUUUUCUGAGCAUCGGUUUCUGGCCUACAAUACCUAUGCUUGGGGCAUGUCGAUGGUCCUGACCGGAAUCACCGUUCUGGCCGAUAACGUCGUGGAAGACCAGGAUUGGAAUCCUCGUGUGGGCGAGGAGGCACACUGUUGGAUAUAUACUCAAGCCUGGUCAGCCAUGCUCUACUUUUACGGUCCAAUGGUAUUUCUUAUUGCCUUUAACAUAACCAUGUUCAUCCUGACGGCUAGGCGUAUAAUAGGAGUGAAGAAGGACAUCCAGAACUUUGCUCACAGGCAAGAGAGGAAGCAGAAGCUGAACUCCGACAAACAGACUUACACAUUCUUCCUACGGCUCUUCAUCAUUAUGGGAUUGUCCUGGAGCUUGGAGAUAGGCUCCUACAUUUCGCAAUCCAACCAAACCUGGGCCAACGUCUUUCUGGUGGCUGACUACUUAAAUUGGUCCCAAGGAAUCAUCAUAUUUAUACUGUUCAUUCUGAAGCGCAGCACGUUGAGACUCUUGCAGGAGAGGAACCAUCCUAAAUCCACGAGGAGUGUCAUUUCUAACAGAUCGAUGCCGAGUCGUAUUACCGUGGGAACAACUCCUAAAAAUAAAGCACGGAACUCGACUUUGGCUUAA